AUGUAUGUGAAAUGGUUUGAUACAGGAAUGUUAUACUAUUUGAUUUUAGUGAAUUUAGUGAAUGUCACUUUUUGACAUUUUCAAAUUUCCCGCCAGUUCCGUCCCCCGUACGUCCCGAUGCUCGGCCGGAGGACAUUACAGGGGACACUGCAGGAGGGACAUCACGGGAGCGCAGGACAAGGUAAGAGAAGAACAGAUCCUGGAGCGACGCUGCAUGGUAAGCCCGAGUGUAGCUCGGGGUUACCGCUUCUGCUACACUCGGGAAUACCGCCAGGGGGGU